AUGAAGGUCGCCGCCGCCGCCCCCUCGCCGCUGCCCGCGGGCGCCGGCGGCGCGCUGAAGGCGGUGCGGCCCGGGGAGGCCGCUCGCUGCGGGCCGGGCCCGGGGGCGUCCCCGGGGGCGGCGGAGCAGGCGGCCGCCGCGCUGCUGUACGACAUGAAGGGCUGCUACUCGCGGCUGCGGGCGCUGGUGCCGACGCUGCCGCGGCACCGGCGGGUCUCCAAAGUGGAGCUGCUGCAGCACGUCAUCGACUACAUCUGGGACCUGCAGCUGGCUCUGCAGCGCGGGCCCCCCCGCCCCGCCGCCGCCGGGGACCCCCCCGAGGCUCCCUGCAUGCCCGCUGCCGACCGGAUCCUCUGCCGCUGA